AUGCAAAACACCAACAUAUGUGUCGCAGAAAAAAACCAGGAAAAUGCACUCUUGAAGAAACAAUUGCAAGAGGUUAAAGAGCAAUUGCAGAAUCUUAAGAGUACGUGUAGCGACAUAUCUAAGGAAAAGGAUGAGCUAAAAGAUAAGUACACGUCUGACAAGAAGAAAUACAUUGAGUUGGAGAUUGCCUACGACAAGGAAUUCGCAAAUAUGAAUGCCAUUUUGCUCAAGCAGAAAUCUGCUAUGCGGCAAGUGGAGAAUCAACGGGAACAGCUUAAGGCUGCGCAGCAGGAGAAACAGGAAGCGGUGGCCCAACUCGAGACUGAGUUGGCCGAAUUGAAAUUGCAAAAUACGCAGUUGGAAGCGCAUAUUGAAGAAUUGAUUUCUACUAUCGAGCAGUAUAAGCAGGAGACAGUCCAUCAUAACGAGCUAAAAGAUGAGCUACAAGAACAGGCAGCUACACUUCAAGAGCUGAAGGAGAACAAUAUGCGGCGUGAAGCUGAAUUGAAAAUAACCGUAAAGAAGCUGAAGAAUGUUGAGGAACGCAACUUUGAUCUACAAAAGGCAAAUCAGCAAUUGUCUAUUGAGUUGUCUGGCGCUGAUGAACGAAUGUCAGCUGAAAUAAAUCAGCAUAAGCUAAAGAUAGACGAGUUACAAAACCAGAAUGUAAAAUUGGUCUCUGAUGCAAAGCGUUAUCAAUCCGAUAUUGCAAUGCUUGCAGAAACCAACAAUCAGUUAACGGCUGCGAAUGCUGAGGCAGCUGAUGUUGCUAAAUGUCAGCUGGCUAAGAUUACGAACGAAUCCAUUCAGCUGAAGUUGACAUUUGAAGAACUUCAGCAAAAGCACGAGGAUGCUACGAAUACCUUGUCAGCUCAAAACGCUGAGCUGGCACAACAGUUGCAGGAGCUAAAGAAGUUAUACGAGACAAAUAUCGUAACACUAGAGGCCGAGCUACAGCAAAUGGACGCACGCCAUAAGGAAGACCAAACCAAAUUUGUCGAGAUGGAACGUCAAAAGAAUAUUACUAUAGCGGAGCUUACAUUCAAAGUGAAUCAAAUUAAGAAUCUCUCUGCCCUUCCAGUAAAGAUUGCUAGAAUAAUUUCUAGCCAGCAAGACGAACAACCGAAUACUAAAUCAAUUUCGGCGACGAGCGCACCAGUUAUCCAUCAAGCUGCACCCAUAGAGGAUUCUGCAGUCGAAAGUAUGGAAAACGUAGCAGCGGAAAUAUCUGCAUCAAAUACUUCGGUACCCCAAAGACGUCGCAGGCAAGCCAAGCGAUCUUUCGUUCCACAUUACAAAUCAGAUUUCAACACUGAUACCGAUGAUAACGAUAAAGACUCUGAUUGGGAACGGCCAUGCCCUAAGAUGGUGAAAACCAAUCGAUUGGGCUAUCAAAAGACUAAAGUGUCCUGCGUUGAUUCCACCUCUUAUGACACUAUGGAUGCUUUCGAUAAAUUGAAAGCAACAAAAAACUGAUUUAUUUAUAAGUCUAAUCAAAAUCUCUAUUUCAUUUAAUACUUGGUCAGCUUAAGUAUGUUUAUUUGAAAACUA